GGGCUGGAGAAGGGAGAUUGCGCCUGCGCGGAAAGUCGAGGCCGGGUGUGCGAGUCGAGGGCCCUCUUUUUCCGGCACCCGGAGGAGGCUGGAGGACAGAGUACGCGGGAGCCGCGCCGAGUCCAGCAUGGCUGCGGAUCCCUGGCCUGGAAUUUAAGAAGUCUCCAUUCCCUUGCUCCAAACCAGAAGACUCUUUUCCCCUGCAUAUAGCAUAGGAGUAAUGUUGGUUAGAAACUGGCCGGUGUUUAAAGCUGAAGAUAGUCAUGACUCUUUAACCUAAGCUGUAUGCUGAAGGAAGAUUGUCUUGGAAAUACUAAAUUGGGGUAACCCAAAUCUGUUUCUGGAACCAUGAAAAUUUUGUUGGUUUUUGACUUUGACAAUACAAUCAUAGAUGAUAAUAGUGACACCUGGAUUGUACAAUGUGCUCCAGAGAAAAAGCUUCCUAUUGAACUGCAAGAUUCUUACAAAAAGGGAUUUUGGACAGAAUUUAUGGGCAGAGUCUUUAAGUAUUUGGGAGAUGAAGGUGUAAGAGAAGAUGAAAUGAAGAGGGCAAUGAUAUCAAUGCCUUUCAGUCCAGGGAUGGUGGAACUUUUAAACUUCAUAAAAAAGAACAAGAAUAAAUUUGACUGCAUUAUUAUUUCAGAUUCAAAUUCAGUCUUCAUAGAUUGGGUUUUAGAAGCUACCAAUUUUCAUGAUGUGUUUGAUAAAGUGUUUACAAAUCCAGCAGCAUUUGAUAGCAAUGGUCAUCUCACUGUGGAAAAACAUCACACUCAUUCUUGUACUCGGUGCCCCCAAAAUCUUUGCAAAAAUGUAGUUUUGGUAGAAUUUGUAGGUGAGCAGUUACAACAAGGAGUGAAUUAUACACGAAUUGUUUAUAUAGGUGAUGGAGGAAACGAUGUCUGUCCGGUAACUUUUUUAAAGAAGGACGAUAUUGCUAUGCCACGGAAGGGAUAUGCUUUACAGAAAACUCUUUAUAGGAUGUGUCAAAAUCUUGAGCCUAUGGAAUCUUCAGUUGUAUCUUGGUCCUCAGGUGUUGAAAUAAUUUCUUAUUUACAACUUCUAAUAAAGGAAUAAUAUGCCAACAAUUGAAAUGUGUAUCAGUUAAGAUUAGAUACAGCAGCAUAAAACUCCAAAUAAGGCUUUAAAAAAGAAAAAAGUUUUUCCUCUCACUUAAAAGAAUUUCAGAAUUUAGUAUCUGAAAGUCUGUUUGUUCCACCAACCUCAGCACUUGGCUUCCAACUCAUGAUCCAAGAUUGUUGUUCAGACUCCAUCUGUCACAUCAGCAUUCUGGGCAGCAAGGAGGGUAGUGAGAGAGAAGGUUGCAACCUCAUUUAAAUUUCAUUGGCCAAAACUCACAAUACCUAACUACAAGGAAGGAUGAAAAAUAGCUUUUAUUCCAGAUGGUCAUAUGCCUAGGAAAAAUUGGGGGGAGAUGGAGUACAAAAUUGAGGUAAGUGCAACUAGUGGUUUCUACCAAAGAUGGUUAAUAAAUAGAUUGUAUUUUUUAAUUUAUUCCCAGAGAGAAUAGUCUUGAGUUUCACUUAGGUAUUUAUUUCCAAAGUAUAUCUUAGCAGUUACAGCUCUUAAAAAUAUAACCAAAUUCUUAAUUCGCAUAAGAAUUCACUAAUUCCAAAUCAAUUAAUUUUAGAGAUAAGAAUACAGUAUCUUGCCCAAGAUCAGUUUCAUAAUUUUCUUUUGAAGUGAAAUACAAAUUAAUGUUCUUCAAAUAUUUUAUUUUUUUUACUUGAGCUUCAUAUAUUUGGAAUACAAAUGAACAAGGGAAACUCACACAAUUGAUAAAUGAUAAGUAAUAUGCUUUGGGUGUAGGAGAUAACUGCAAAUUCCAUUUCUCAGAAAACUUUGAACAAUGCAUUUU